AUGGCGUCCCCUCAGUCAGAACGGGCAGAGCCCGUCGACAAGGGAAGUGCCGCUGCAUCUGAGAAAGCAGGCAAGCCUGAGACUAACGGCCAUACCUCGCCCUCUGCAACCUCUGGAAAAGUCGCAACGCCCUUGACUAAUGGCAACGGCAGCCACGAUGACGCGUCGGAAAAGAAGACCAAGGACGAGCCCAAUGCGAACGCAGCUGACACGGAGUCUGCCAACGUGAAGGGGUCUGCGUCGAGCCAGCCUGACUCUACGUCCGAGCCUACGCCAUCAAAGGAGGCAUCCGAGACUGCGAAAUCGGCCUCAAAGUCGCCACAGCCGCCAGCAUCACUGCCCCCGAAGCCUCCAGCGGCCGCCACAACAAACGACGGGACUCCCCAGGAGGAGUCGUCCCCAGCAAAGGAUGCACCUAUCCAGCCAUCUAUUGAGUCAUCGAACUCGGAGGAAGCCACCGCAAAGACGACUGAGUCGAGCAAGCCAGAAAAGGCCUCUCCGCCGGACGAGGCGGACGACGUAGAAAUGCAACUCGACUCGCCCGAACCCGAAGCCGCCCCCAAGUCACCAGCUGCAAAGCCAAACGGGACUGAACAGACGUCUUCGCCACCCACGUCCAACCCGACUGCAGAUGUAGACCUGAAGCCAGAGAGCUUGUCCCAACUCGACCUCGAUGGCAACAAGGGCUCUCCCUCGCCACGACCUGAUGCUGACGUCCCUAUGACCGACGCUCCAGCAUCCUCGUCAAAUAAGGUUGCGCGUGAUCGUGAGGAUGAUAACGUCGAGGAGCCUGCUGCCAAGCGCGCGAAGACCGAAACCCGGGAUGAGGAGCCAGAGCCAGAGCCAGAGCCAGAGCGCGCAGCGACGGCCGAGUCCACAGUCGAGGUGGCGUCUCGCCUUGAUGUCACGACAGAUGACGAACCCGACCCAUUCCGCAAUCUGAAGGGCUGGCAUGAUGCGGCUCUCAACUCGACGCCUGUCACGCAGCAUCGGAUUCGCGAGUACCGCAGGGUCCUGGCCGGUAUCAAGAAGACGAAGCAUGGUGCUAUCUUCAAGGACUCUGUCGCAAAGAUGUGGCCUCAACUUGGCGGAAACUAUGCCGCUCUUGUCGCGAAACCCAUGGACAUUGGUUUGAUGGAACGCAACCUGCGCGAUGGGACGAAGUAUCCCACACUCGGAGACCUCAAGGCGGAUCUGACGUUGCUGUACAGCAACGCCGUGUCCUUCAACGGCCCCAGCCACGACGUCACACUCGCGGGGAGGAACGUCGUGCCGGCGAUCUGGGCUAGGCUCCUGGAUAUUCCGGCCGAGGAGCCCCCCAAAGCAAAGGCGCCACCGAAGCACAACCCUUCGAGGCAGGCCGAACAACGACCGCCCGUCGCUGCCCCCCGACCUGCUGCCGCCCGUAAAGAAUCGCGCCCCGUGCCUCCCAGCCCCGCCGCUAGACCCGACGCUGAGGCAUAUGCCGUGCCGCCUGGUGGCGUGCCGCAGGUCCGACGGGCGUCGACGCACAAUGACACGGACAGGCCGAAGCGCGCAAUCCACCCGCCCAAGAGCAGAGACAUGGAUUACAUGGCGCUUCAGAAUUUUAACAAGAAGAAGCUGCCGCUGGAUCUGCAAUUUGCCUACGAGGUCAUUUCUUCCCUGAUGGAUGUCAAGCACGAGGCCAUCAAUGCACCCUUUGUUGUGCCUGUCGACCCCGUUGCGCUGCAGAUUCCUCAGUACUACUCCCUCAUCAAGAACCCCAUGGACCUGGGCACCAUCAAGAAGAAGCUCAUGACAAACGAGUACCAGACCGCCAAGAGCGUUGUGGGCGACGUGCAGCUCAUCGUGAAGAACUGUCUCAAGUUCAAUGGUCCUGACCACCCCGUGUACGGGCUCGCCGUCCAGCUCGAGAGGCUUUUCCGCGACAUGUGGAGCAAGAAGGAGCAAUGGAUCACCAAGCACACGCCGGCCAAGCCUGCCUCAGAUGCUGGGUCGGGUGAGGACAGCGAGGAAGAGUCGGAAGACGAGCAAGCCGCCUCUGCACCCGCUGCUAAGAUCACUAACGGGGCGAUCCAGCAGCUCGAGCAGCGACUCGCGGACGAGACGAAAAAUCUGUCACAGCUGCUCAUGAACAUAGACAACCCCGACGAGACGAUGAUUGAUGUGCAGCGUACUGUCGUCAAUGCCAUCAGGAAGCGCCUCAUCGAAGAGAAGGAGCGCGCCGGAACCCAGAAAACUGAAAAGCCGGCCAAGAGCAAGCCUGCAAAGCCAAGCCACAAGGCCAAGGCCCCCGGCAACGGUCCAAGCAAGAAGGCCGCCGGUGGCGCGUCGCACAAGAAGGGUGGUGCUUCAGGACCCAAGAAGAAGCGACAGAUGACUCAGGUUGAGAAGGACGCCAUCGCCAACGGUAUCAACGACUUGGACGAGAACAAUAUUGCGCGGGCCAUUGACAUAAUCAAGAAGGACACGGGUCAAUCUGAAAACGACAGCGGAGAGCUCGAGUUGGAGAUUGACCAGCUGACUUCCGAUGCCCUUCACAAGCUGUGGGACCUUCUCAAGAAGGUUCUUCCCGGUUUCGCCGCCUCGGUGCAUCCACCAGCGGCAGCCGCACGCGACUCGUCCCCAGGUAGCGCCAGCGGUGGCGGGCAGAAGAAGUCGGGCAAGCCGAAGAAGAACAAGCCCAUGAAUGCUCGUGAGCAAGAGGCACGCAUUGCCGAGCUCGAGCGCCUCAAGAACCAGUACCAGUCAGGCCAAGAGCCUGCUGGUGAACGUGACCCUGAGGUGCCUCUUCACCCGCUGCGUGAGGACUCUUCUGAUUCUGAGGAAGAGUGA